GGGCGGGACUUCUGGCGUGUUCGCAGCGGUCAUUUUGGCUGCCCUCCGGUCCGUUCUAUCCGUCAGCCUCCUUGGUGUGCCUCUUCGGCAUCGAAGUGACGGACCGUGAAGACGCGAGAGUCAGGUCUGAGGGUCGGGGGCAGAGCCGCCCGCGAGGCCUGCCUGGGGAUAGCGGUGCUCGUGUUCCCCCCCCGGUCGCCCGCAGCUCCCGGUCCAGCUCCGCCCACAGACUCGGAUGGCGACCGCACUGAGGGACCCGGCUCCGGCUGUUCAGUGGAAGAAAAGACUUUAGAGAUGGAUGAGGACGUUGAGGCAGAGGGAGGUUGAAUAUUUUUCCAAGGCCACACAACUGGUGAGAGGCAGCACUAAGGACUGAGGCGCACAGGUUCCCAUAGCUACAGAAGUACUUUUCCAGCUUACACAGGGAAGUGUGACCUUUGAAGAUGUGGCCGUGUACUUCUCCUGGGAGGAAUGGGAUCUCCUUGAUGAGGCUCAGAAACACCUGUACUUCGAUGUGAUGCUGGAGAACUUUGCACUUACAUCCUCCCUGGGACUUACAUCAUCCUGGUCUCAUGUAGUUGCUCAACUAGGACUAGGGGAAGUGUCCUCUGUUCUUCACAGGAUGUUCAUGACUCCAGCCUCAGCAAGAUGGCAUCAGAGAGGGCCUGGCCUACAUGAAUGGCACUUGGGAAAAGGCAUGUCAUCAGGUUGUUGGCAUGGAGUGGAGCAUGAGGAAACACCUUCUGAACAGAGAAUUUCUGUCGAAGGAGUGCCACAGUUCAGGACUUCCAAAGAAGGUUCAUCUUCCCAGAAUGCCUACUCCUGUGAAAUAUGUGGCCUGGUCUUGAGAGAUAUUUUGCACUCGGCUGAACACCAAGGAACAAACUGUGGGCAGAAACUACACACAUAUGGAAAACAAUUCUACAUCAAUGCAAAUCUUCAACAGCACCAGAGGCAGCACAUUAAAGAGGCACCUUUCACAAGUUACGUGGACACAACCUCAUUUACAAAGAGCUGCACAGUCCACGUGUCGGAGAAGCCCUUCACCUGUAGGGAGAUCAGGAAAGACUUCCUGGCCAACAUGAGGUUUCUCCAUCAAGAGGCCACUCAAACAGGGGAGAAGCCAAAUAACAGUAACAAGUGUGUGGUGGCCUUUUGCAGUGGAAAAAGUCAUCGCAACUGGGGAAGAUACAGUAAAGCCUUUAGCCACACAGACACACUUGUUCAGGACCAGAGAAUCCUCACUAGAGAAGGGCUUUUUGAGUGCAGCAAAUGUGGGAAAGCAUGUACGCGAAGAUGUAACCUCAUUCAGCACCAGAAAGUCCACAGUGAAGAAAGGCCUUAUGAAUGCAACGAAUGUGGAAAAUUCUUUACCUACUACUCCAGUUUCAUUAUACAUCAAAGAGUUCAUACUGGAGAAAGGCCUUAUGUGUGCCCUGAAUGUGGGAAAUCCUUUAGUCAGAUCUACAGCCUCAAUAGCCAUAGGAAAGUUCACACUGGAGAAAGGCCUUAUGAAUGCAGCGAAUGUGGGAAAUCUUUUAGCCAAAGGUCCAACCUCAUGCAGCAUCGCAGAGUUCACACUGGAGAAAGACCUUAUGAAUGCAGUGAAUGUGGGAAAUCUUUUAGCCAAAACUUCAGCCUCAUUUACCACCAGAGAGUUCACACUGGAGAAAGACCUCAUGAGUGCAAUGAAUGUGGAAAAUCCUUUAGCCGAAGCUCCAGCCUCAUUCACCACCGGAGACUUCACACUGGAGAAAGACCCUAUGAGUGCAGUAAAUGUGGGAAAUCGUUUAAGCAAAGCUCCAGCUUCAGUUCACAUCGGAAAGUCCACACAGGGGAAAGGCCUUAUGUGUGUGGGGAAUGUGGGAAAUCCUUUAGCCAUAGCUCCAACCUUAAGAACCACCAGAGAGUUCACACUGGAGAAAGGCCUGUUGAGUGCAGUGAAUGUAGCAAAUCCUUUAGCUGUAAAUCUAACCUCAUUAAACACCUGAGAGUUCACACUGGAGAAAGGCCUUAUGAGUGCAGUGAAUGUGGGAAAUCCUUUAGCCAAAGUUCUAGCCUCAUUCAACACCGGAGAGUUCACACUGGAAAAAGGCCUUAUCAGUGCAGUGAGUGUGGGAAAUCCUUUGGCUGCAAAUCUGUCCUCAUUCAACACCAGCGAGUUCACAUUGGAGAAAAGCCGUAACUGUCCUGAGAAUAUGCAAGUUCCUUUUGGUGUAAUUAUACUGAAGGAGUACACCGGUAAGAGAGACAAGUCCCUGAACUGGAAGCCCCAACAUCUAAGGAUAUACAGUGGGCAGAUUCCCCUUAAGUUCCAGGUACGUGUUACACUUUCUAACCUGCCAUUUAGAAAGUGUCAGACUUUCUCACCUGCCAUAUAUGGCUCUUGCCAUUUAUGUCACUGACAGUUUCUGAGGCAGAAGCCGUAUCACAUCUACCACCUGUGAGGUCCACAUAAUGUGCAUCAUUUACCUCCUGAACCUGCUGAAGGAAGCAGACCUCUGUUUCUCCCCAUUUGCUAGAAGAAAUCAUGAAUAGUCUGAGUCUUCCUCUCUGACAAGUUAGGGCAUGGACUUGACCCAGCUUUGUGCCAGAGAACCCAAUAUGAGUGGUGUUGGCAGCUUGCCAAGAAGGACUCUUCUUUCAAGACAUGUUGGUUUCAUGUGACACCUCCAUGGAUUUUUCCCAGCCUCUAAGUCACCAAUUUUGGAACUGCCUGCCUCACAUUGCUUUGUUUUUUACAAUAAUAAAGGUAUUAUUAUUUAAGCUA